CAAAGCUUUUUUAUUUUUUUGUUCUUGCUCUUCCUUCUGAUCAUCUCUGUGUUAUUUAUUGCCUUUGUGUUAUCUGUGGGGAGAAGAAGAAGAAGAAGAAGAAGAAGAAGAAGAAGAAGAUGAAGAUGCAUUCAAGACAAGACUUCAAACCGAAUUCGAUCUCGAAUUCAACUUUAACUUGUAUAUAUCUUCCACCUUUCACAAACUCAGGUGGUUUGUGGUCAAACAUCCACAGCCCUCAUUGGUGGCUCAAUAAUUCCUUGCCUCUCUUGGAGUUACAAUUGGUCAUGUUCUGUUUUUUCAUGGCAAUUGUUCAUCUUCUUCUCAAGCGUUCUGGUGUCUCCAAAAUUUCCUCUCAAAUCAUUACUGGUUUGAUAUUUGGUUGUUCAUGGGGCAAGUUGGACAAAGGAAAGUUCAAACUUUUCAGGGUAGAGAGUGAAGAGAUCCUGGGAUUGUUUUCACAUUUUGCAUACAUGCUGUUUAUGUUCAUAACAGCAGUGAAAAUGGACGUGAGAAUGACAAUGAAAACAGGGAAAAGAGCAUGGAUAAUUGGACUGCCUUCAAUUCUUGUGCCUCUAACUUGUGGUCUUUUGGUGAGUUCUUUUCUAUUGGAAGGGCUAGAAAUUUCAGAAAUAAGGAAGCUGCCUUUAAUGGUUUCAAUACAAAGUAUGAUCUCAUUUCCAGUGAUUGCUAGUCUUCUAAGUGAACUGAAGAUUGUAAGCACAGAACUCGGUCGCUUGGGGCUAUCCUCAGCAUUAGUUGCAGACAUGUUCAGCCAAUGUGCAGUAGCCAUUGCAAACCUAAUAAGAAUAUCAAGAAAGAAUGCUUCAAAAGGGUACUAUUCAAUUGGAGGAUUAUGUGUGCAAGUGUUUUUGGUGUCAUUUUUGUUUAGGCCUGCAGUGCUUUGGAUUGUGAAACAAACACCAGAAGGGAAGCCAGUUAGCCGCGGUACUACUCAAACUGUUUUUCUUGUGGUUCUUCUUUCUGCUGUUGCAUCUUCUUUAUUGGGACAACCAGCAAUUGUCGGACCUUAUUUGUUGGGAUUGUCUCUUACUGAUGGAGGUCCAAUGGGAUUCUCUCUUAUUGAGAAGUUGGAAUGCUUUGUUUCAGAUAUUUUCAUGCCGGUUUUUGUGAUUACUUGUGCUUUACAGGUUGAUUUGUCUCAGAUGUUAUUCAUUGCAUAUGUGGAUAAUUAUACAAGAGUUAACAUCAUUCUUGCUCUUGUAACUUAUUUUACCCAAUUCUUCUGUUCCUUUCUUACUUCAUUAUAUUGCCAGUUGAGCUUUAGAGACUCCUUGGUGUUAUCCCUCCUUCUCAGCUCCAAAGGAGUUGUUGAAUUGUCCUUCUGCACAUUAUUCACUGAAUACAAUAUUAUAAGCGAUGGGAUUCUAGCAUGGUUUACAGUAUUCUUAUUACUACUUUCAAUCUUUGUGCCAGCGACAGUGAAAUGCCUGAAUGAUAUUUCAAGGAAACAAGCAGGCAAACAGAACAGGAAUAUCAUGCAUUUGAGCCAAAACUCAGAGUUCAGAGUCCUUGCAUGUGUUCACAAGAAUGAAAACAUCUAUGGCUUCAUUCAUCUUCUCAACAUCUCAUGUCCAACACAGGAUAAUCCGAUCGCAGUUUAUGCUCUCCAUCUGAUCGAGCUGGUGGGGCGGACAGCUCCGGUGUUCAUUUCACAUAGAAUAGAAAACAAGCCAAUUGGGGAUCAACCCUACUCAGAAAAUGUGCUCCUUUCAUUUGAUCACUUUGAGAAGGAGAAUUCAGGGUCAGUGUAUGCUGAAUGCUUCACCUCAAUCUCACCACUCAAGUUCAUGCACAAUGAUAUAUGCAAAUUGGCAAUGGACAAGAUCACAUCCCUCAUAAUAUUGCCUUUCCACAUAACAUGGACAAGUGAUGGACUUAUAGACCAAGAAGACAACACAAUGAGGAAUUUGAAUUGCAGUGUGAUUGAGAAAGCGCCUUGUUCGGUAGCCAUCUUAGCAGACAAAGGGCAUUUAGGAAGCAUUCCUUCAAUGGCAUCUUCAGGAGUGAAAUGUCAGUAUACAGUAUGUGUGAUAUACAUGGGAGGGAAUGAUGACAGAGAGGCAAUUUCAUUUGCAAAGCGUUUAACAAAGGACACAAGGAUUGAACUAACAGUGCUGAAACUUGGGAGUUGUAUGGAAGAUCAGGGGACAAGUAAGUGGGAGAAAAUGCUUGAUUCAGAGGUUAUCAAAGAUUUCAAAAUGACAUGUUUGGGAGAUGGGAGAGUGAGAUUUUUAGAGGAAAUAAGUGUAGAUGGACCUCAAACAGCAUUGAGACUUAGAGAAAUGGUGAAUGUAUUUGAUCUUAUGAUUGUAGGCAGAAGAAAAGGGUUGGAAUCAUCAUCACCUCAAACUUCUGGUCUUAGUGAAUGGAAUGAAUUUCCAGAGCUUGGAGUUCUUGGGGACUUGAUUGCAUCACUAGAUAACAACACAAGAACUUCUGUCUUGGUAAUACAACAACAGAAAUAA